CCCAUGGUGCUCCCUCUCCUCGUCUCUGCCUAUAGACUGUGCCGCUUAGCCAUGUCUGACUCGGAGAGGCUGGCGGCCGACUGGUGGGGAGACAGCCCUCGGGAGAGCUCGCCGGGGGCCAGCCCGGCCAUCCAAGCGGCCCUGAACAGGAUCCUGCCCGACCUGCACCAGGCCAUCUCGGCCACCAAGCAGGCGGCCGGCCCCGAGGACCUCCGCAGCGGCCUGGCCGAGACCCUGGCCCUGGUGGAGGAGGCCUGGCUGAUGCCCACCGUGGGCAGAGAGGUCGCCAAGGGCCUGUGCGACGCCAUUCGCCUGGAGGGGGGGCUGGACUUGCUGCUGGACUUGCUCCAGACGGCCGACCACGAGACCAAGUGCCAGGCGGGCAAACUCCUGGAGCAGAUCCUGGUGGCGGAGAACAGGGACCGCGUGGCUCGCAUCGGCCUGGGCGUGAUCCUGAACCUAUCCAAGGACCGCGAGAGCCUCCCUCUAGCGCGCAGCACCUCGGGGAUCCUGGAGCACAUGCUCAAGCACUCCGAGGACACCUGCUCUCAGCUGAUCUCCGACGGCGGCCUGGACGCUCUCCUCUACUGGUGCCGCUGGAGCGACCCUGUGGUCCUGCACCACUGCGCCGCCGCCCUGGCCAACGCAGCCAUGCACGGCGGGCCGGCCAACCAGCGGCUGAUGGUGGAGAAGAAGGCGGCCGAGUGGCUCUUCCCGCUGGCCUUCUCCAAGGACGGCUUCCUGGUGCAGUUCCACGCCUGCCUGGCUGUGGCCGUCCUGGCCACCAACAAGGAGGUGGAGAAGGAGGUGGAGCACUCGGGGACCCUGGCGCUGGUGGAGCCCUUCGUGGCCACGCUGGACCCGGGCCACUUUGCCCACACCUUGCUGGGCAGCAGCGACAACAGCCAGGGCAGGACGGCCGAGGACCUGCAGCGCCUGGUGCCCCUCCUGGACAGCUCCCGCCCGGAGGCCCAGUGCCUGGCUGCCUUCUACCUGUGUGCAGAGGCCACCAUUAAGGCCCAGCAGAAGAAGAUGCAGAUUUUCACAGAGAUCGGGGCCAUCCAGAGCUUGAAGAGGAUUGUCUGCUACUCCCCGGACGGCACCACGUCCUCGCUUGCCAAGAGGGCGCUCUGCAUGAUGGGCGAGGAGGUGCCCCGGCGCCUGCUGCCCACUGUGCCCAACUGGAAACCCCUGGAGGUGCAGAAGUGGCUCCAGCAGAUCGGCUUUGCCAAAUACUGCCCAAAUUUCCUGGAACACCAGGUGGAUGGCGACCUGCUGCUGAGGAUGACGGAGGAGGAUUUGCUGGUGGACCUCAAAAUGACCUCCAGUAUCACACGCAAGCGGUUUUUCCGGGAGCUGACAGAGCUCAAGACCUAUGCCAACUACUCCACCUGCGACCGCAGCAACCUGGCUGACUGGCUGGGCUCCGUGGACCCCAAAUUCCGCCAGUACACCUACAACCUGGUCACCAGCGGCAUCGACCGCAACUUCCUCCACCGGGUGACGGAGCAGCAGCUACAGGAGGACUGCCAGGUCCACAUGGGCUUCCACCGUGUCCGCAUCCUCUCGGCCGCCCGAGAGAUGCUCCAUUCGCCUCUGCCCUGCAGCAGCGGGAAGUCCACCUUGGAGGGGACGGACGUCUUCAUCAGCUACCGGAGAGCCACUGGGGCGCAGCUGGCCAGCCUCCUGAAGGUCCACCUGCAGCUGCACGGAUUCAGCGUCUUCAUCGACGUGGAGAAGCUGGAGGCCGGGAAGUUUGAGGACAAGCUCAUUCAGAGCGUGAUGAGCGCCCGGAACUUCGUGAUGCUGCUUUCGUGCAACGCCCUCGAUAAGUGCGUGGGGGACACUGAAUGCAAGGAUUGGGUGCACAAGGAAAUUGUCACAGCCCUGAGUAGCGGGAAGAACAUUGUCCCGGUCACAGACCACUUCGAAUGGCCGGACCCCAAGACCCUCCCUGAGGACAUGAGAGCCAUCCUGAAGUUCAACGGGAUCAAAUGGUCCCACGAAUACCAAGACGCCACCAUUGAGAAGAUCAUCCGCUUCCUCCAGGGCCGCUCCUCCCGGGAUUCCUCCGCUGGCUCGGAAAACAGCCUGGAGUGUGGGGCCCCUCAAAACUAGGGAACUGGAAGGGGCUCCCCCCAAUGGAGCAGAGGAAGAGGGUGGGGGGCGGAGUGGGAAGGAGAGGGUGACCCUUUGCUUCUGCCCCCAAGUCUGCACUGUCCUAGAGAGGGGCCUCACCCCACUGCCGCCCCGCCCCGCCCCCAGCUUUUGCAGGCUCGGCCACCGCUGCAUCGGUGCCCCCUGCUGGCUGCCUUUGGGAUAUGCUGAUUAGGUUAUGCAAAACUCUGGAAGAAAAU